UCCAGCUGUUUCUCUGGCUGAGCUCUGUCCCCGUUUCACUCUGGGCAGCAGCCCCAGCAGCGAGCAGGGAGCUCGGGGCAGAGCGGGGCUCCCUAGCGAGCCUGCUACAGGACAAGGGUCUUCCGGGGCGCUGUGUGCACCCUUGGGGGCUUCCGAGGGGAUCUUGAAUGAAUGAAUGAAUGAAUGAGUGAACUGCUUUCUGGGACAACAGCCACAGCCAGAGGAGCCGUGUGAUUGGGAGAAAGAAGCUGGGGAAGCCACCAGGAACCAACGGGAAGACCGUCUGGGCGAGAAGCCGUGAUUCUGCUCACAGCCGGCUCCCAGAGGGAGGAAACCAACAAGAACCCAGCCAGCCAGCGCCUGGGCCCUUGAGGGCUCUUCUACUGGGGACAGGUGUUUCCAGCUGUGCACAGGGACUGAUUGGCCAGGGACCCAGGUUCUUCGGACACCAUAACAGGGAACGAGCAUGGAGGAUGCGUACAACACCUCAGCCCUCUAUGACGAGGACUACCCCGACGACUUCGACUCCAUUGUGGUGCUGGAGGAGUUAUCGCCCCUGGAAGCCAGGCCGGCCAGGAUCUUCCUGGUGGUGGUCUACAGCCUCGUCUGUUUCCUCGGGAUCCUGGGCAACGGUCUGGUGAUUGUCAUUGCCACCUUCAAGAUGAAGAAGACAGUGAACACCGUCUGGUUCCUUAACCUGGCCGUGGCAGACUUCCUGUUCAACGUCUUCCUCCCGAUCCACAUUGCCUACGCCGCCAUGGACUACCACUGGGUUUUUGGGACGGCCAUGUGCAAGAUCAGCAACUUCCUGCUCAUCCACAACAUGUACACGAGCGUCUUCCUGCUGACUGUCAUCAGCUUCGACCGCUGCGUCUCUGUGCUCCUCCCCGUGUGGUCCCAGAACCACCGCAGCGUUCGGCUGGCCUACGUGGCCUGCGUGGUCAUCUGGGUGCUGGCGUUCUUCCUGAGUUCACCGUCCCUCGUGUUCCGGGACACGGCCAAUCUGCACGGGAAAACAUCCUGCUUCAACAACUUCAGCCUGGCCGCGGCCGGGUCCUCCCCGUGGCCCACUCACCCCCAACUGGACCCUGUGGGGUACGGCCGGCACGUGGUGGUGACCGUCACCCGCUUCCUCUGCGGCUUCCUGGUCCCGGUCCUCAUCAUCACCGCCUGCUACCUCACCAUCGUCUGCAAGCUGCAGCGCAACCGCCUGGCCAAGACCAAGAAGCCCUUCAAGAUCAUCGUGACCAUCAUCAUCACCUUCUUCCUCUGCUGGUGCCCCUACCACACGCUCUACCUCCUGGAGCUCCACCACAGCGCCGUGCCUGGCUCCGUCUUCAGCCUGGGCCUGCCUCUGGCCACAGCCAUUGCCAUUGCCAACAGCUGCAUGAACCCCAUUCUGUACGUCUUCAUGGGUCAGGACUUCAAGAAGUUCAAGGUGGCCCUCUUCUCCCGCCUAGUCAAUGCUCUGAGUGAGGACACAGGUCACUCUUCUUACCCCAGCCACAGAAGCUUUACCCGGAUGUCAUCGAUGAAUGAGAGGAGUUCCAUGAACGAGAGGGAGACCAACAUGCUCUGAGCCUCACCUGGGGGCCCCCAGUGGACACUCCCAACCCCGGGACACCCAAGGACAUGUCUUCUGCCGACCAAGGCAAGAACCUCUUUAGCACCCACCGAUGUCCUCUGCAUGGGGACGAACAGGGCUUUGAGCUGUGAAUCCAGGGUCUGGGACCCUUUUCUCCGAGUGACCCAGGGGACACAGCCUUCCGUGUUGCUCACAGCCUUGAGCUAGCAACCCACCUUGACCCACUGAAAGUGAAAAAGGAAGAAUUCUCAAGAGCACUGCCAGGAACGGGGUUGGCAUGAAGUGGCAGGAUGGAGCUCCUUACUGCGCACGCCACAGACGAGACACACACAUUUUGUGAGGGCCACUCCUGGUGGGCGCAGGAGAGGUCCGAGCAGGCCCAGGGUGGAGCAGAUCACACCUGGCCCUCACACACCUGUGUCCAUGGCCGGCCAGGAAAUCCCGCCCCUCAAGCCGUUCCUCUGGGUUAAGGCCUGUGCAAAUGCACAGGUGACCCGGGAGGAGGAGGCGGCUAUCAGCCCACGAACUCCCAGGACCACGGAUCUGGCUUUCAGAUCAGCUGGGAAGACAGAGAACAGGUCCUGAGGCGCCAUGCUGGCUCCUUGCAAGGGCGGGACGGGUGGGGUGCAGUGAGGGCUUGCGGGAAGGAAGGACAGAAAAGACCAAAGAGGCUUCACAGGAUGCGGGCAUGAACAGCUCACCCUGGAACUUCGCAGGGUGACGGUGCUCCGGGCGGGAGCUAUUUGCGGGGUGUGGGUGGUGCCAGCCCCUGACCUCACCUUGCCCUUAUUACCUGGGGGUGGGGUUGUGGUGGGCAGGGGUUCUUCCCUCCUUCCCUAGUCCACUCAGCUCUGGCUGGAGGUGCUUGGAGUAAAACACUGGGUGCCGGGGAAUGGGAUGGGGGUGGGGCUUCUCCUUCUCUUCAAUUUCCUCCCCAAGCCUUGCUAGGGACCGCUCCUAAGUGCAGCUUCCGGAGGCAGCUUUGGAGCAUCUCCCGGGAAGAAGACCCGUGUCCGAGGACUCAGUCACCGAACUCCAAGCAGAGUCUGGAGGCUGCGUCUUGGAACUGGGCUCCCGAGAGGCAGACACGGCACUGCAUGGCUUUUCUCACCUAAUACCGACACCUUCCUGGGGCAGAGAGUGUCAUUUCCCAGUGACGCAGCCGGGGCUCAGAGGAGGAAGCACCCUGCCCAACACCAGCCAGCUACUCAGUGGCAGAGUUCAGAUCCGAACCCAGCUGUGCCAGGCUCCAGAGACUAUUCUAGACUCUAACGCUAGCCUACAUUUAUUUAGCACUUUCCACGUUAAGCACUUUCCAUGCGUUUUCUUAUUUAUUCCUCACAGCGAUCCUGAAUUAGGUACAGUUAUUACUUUCCUUUCACAUAGGAGGAAUCUGAGGUCAGAGAGGUUAAGUAACUCACCCAAGGGCACCCAGCUAGUCUCUGCCGGGGCCUGGAUUUGAACCUCAGUUUGCCUGGCCCAAAGGAGACUGCAGAGUCAGGAAGGAACUCGAGAGGUUGGGGGUGUUGACCAUAAAUAUUGAUUCUUCUGUAGAUGAAUGUGAACAUCUUAAUGGCCUUUAAGAAGCUUUGCCAGUAGUUUUCAAAAAUGACCCAACAUGGCAAAGAAAACACACCUGGCUUCCGGCUCCCCCGACAGCCAUCAACAGCCACCCCAGCCACGGCUCCCACCUCUUGUGUCCCCGGAGGUCCCCAAAGAGGGCAGUGGGGACAGAGGCCUGGCAGGAGGCAGCCGCUUGUGAGCCCGAGGCCCUUUGGCCCCUAAGUGUCCCCAUCUUGUUCUCUUCCAAGUCCCCGGCGUUGUUCAGCCAAUUCUCCAACAGGACGCAGUGAACAGAUAUAAUGUCCGCCCCGAGCUGGGCGAGUCUCCGAGGCUACGGGCUGUUUGGAAUGACGCUUCAUUAAGAGACAAGCUGUUCCUUCCCUCCUGCGUCUUUUUUAAAAAAAAUCUUUAUAUAUAUAUUUUUUAAUUUCAAAAUAUUAAAGUGGUACAGAUGUUUUGGAUA